GGAGGUCAGCCGGUAAGAGCAGCGGGCAGAGGGACACCGGACCAGUACCACAGAAGCGGCGAACCCUGCACCAAAUGCCGCCCAUCACCUUGCCGCGUGCCUGCCUGUUCGAGGUGGAGUGGGACGGCGACGGCGACGGCGACGCCACCGACCACAGCACGACGUCGUCGCCGGGCGGCGAGGCGUCGGCGUCCGCCUCGGCGUCGGGGUCGCGCCGCUGCCCGUCCGAGGACGACGCCCUGUCGGACGAGCUGUCGCUGGCCGACUCGGAAGACGCGUCCGAGGAGGCGGCGGUGGGCGGCGCCGGGCUGGCCGCGCUCGGGGGCGGCGUGGGCGGCUGCGGGCCGGCGCGCGGCGGCGGCGGCGGCGUCGCCGUGCGCAAGAUGUUCACCAACAGCCGCGAGCGCUGGCGCCAGCAGAACGUCAGCGGCGCCUUCGCCGAGCUGCGCAAGCUCGUGCCCACGCACCCGCCCGACAAGAAGCUCUCCAAGAACGAGAUCCUCCGCAUGGCCAUUCGGUAUAUCAGACUGCUGACUAACGUCCUCGACUGGCAGAAACAGCAACAGCUGCAACAACAACAACAGCAGCAGCCCCAAAAGUUCUUCCUCAACAACAACCACAACAACAGCAGCAACGGGCUGCAACACCACAUGCACAACGGCGGCAGGCAUCGCGACGUGGGGGUGCAGCCGCUGGUGAAGCGGGAAGUGGGGACCGCAGCGAGUGUCCUCAAGAGGGAGCACAGCCACGGCCACGGCACCAACGGGCUGCUCGUUCUCACCACGCCCGCCAUCAAGGUCGAGAGGGACGAGGACGACGACGAUGACAACAGACACACAACACUUGUGAAUGAGAGUCAGCUAAGGAAGGUGCCAACUUGUUGGCAUCAUCACAGCCUUGGAUUGUCGCUUGGAAAACCACCUCCUUCGCAUUCGUCAUCCUCUAGUGGAAACAAGUGACUAUAAAAGUGAUCUUGUUUAUCUGUGUUAUGACUCAGGGGAAUAAGUCAGCUGUCACCAUUUCAUUACCCUGGUGUCUUUCUACUGAGUUAACACAAGAGACUGAAAAAGUUAACUGUGAUUUAAAGUCAAAUGUUGUAGCUUUACAUUAGUGUUUAAUACAAUUUCUUGUGUAUAGUUUCACAUAAAUUACAUUGUAAAAUGAAUGACAGUACAUAUAUAUGUUUAUUGUGAUAUGUGUUUUCCAAAUA